AUGCCCAACCUACACGUCGAACCAACCGCGGAAGCUCACGUCGCCCGCUACUACCACUUGAUUGAAGUCAUCAAGGCUGAGGCCAACGUCUUCUGUCGCCUACGUCGGCCAGGGAUAGAUCCUCACUGGCUUCUCCAGCGUGGGCUCUUUGAGUCCUACUGCAAGGCGGUCACCAAUGACCUGAACGCUGUCCCAUCGCCGUACUCCUUCAACGACGUCAUCGAGGUCAUGAACUACAUUGACGAGGUCUUCCAGUGCUACAAGCUGCCUCACGACUCAUUGGGCGCACCCUAUCCGACCAUCGCCUGGUCCGAGGAGUCUGUCCUGCGUCGACAGGCUGUUGACGAGCCUCUGGCUCCAGUCUCCUACCAACCCGACCCACUGUAUUUGCCGGAGUAUUGUCGCUUGCCCGACACCUUCGAUCACUUGGCUAACGCCGUCCACCGCCUAAGCGAGGACCAGCAGGAGAUUCGUAGGACCCUCGGGUCACUCUCUACGAGCGUCGCAGGACUGGGAGGGCGCGAGCAAGGCAUUAACUUCGGCAAGCCUGUUCGAGACACGCCAUUAGCCAGCGACAAGGCUGACGCUCACUGUGCCGAGCACUGCAGUGCGAGAGGGACCGCUGGCAUCAUGAGUCUGAGCAUGUUUUAUGUGCAGCGAAGGCUGUCAGGGACCACUGUGCUGGAUACACCUAGCCCACUUCCAGACAAACCCUGGCAAUUCUUGCGGGUGAAAUUGAGGCACGCAGAAACUGCUCGGAUAUGA